AUGAGUUUAGCGCAGGUGCAGGCAUACUUGAGCGCGCCGUCGACGGCAGCACGCCUCGACCAGCUCUCUCUCCGCGAGCUCAAGGCCAACGUGACCGCGAACGACCAACAGAUGGAGAAGCUCAAGGCGCAGCUACAGCGCGAUCGUGCGAGAGAAAAGGCCGACGAAGUGCGCGCGCUCAAGGUGCGGCAGCAGCAAGCGCUGCUCCAGAAGCAGCGCGAGGACGACGAGAUCGAGGCGCUUCUCAUCGAGAUCGAGCGGCGCAAGCAAGACGAGCUCCAAGCGCGCUUGAGCCAGGAGCAGAUCAAGCAAGAGCUGCAUGCGCUGGAUCUCGCGGGCAUUGCGUCGCUCGAAGAUGCGAGAAAGUGCGACUUGGUCGAGCUCCAGAACGCCAAAGAGGCCCUGCGGCGCAAGGAAGAAGCAGCGCUGCGAGACAUUGAAGCCCUCGAGAAGCGCGUGAAAGACCAAGUACUUCUUCCUACAUCGGAGGUCCCUUGA